GUACCCGGAAACGGUAGUUUGUGUUUGGCUUCCUGAAGUCUGCUGAUUUCGAUUCACAUGACUGCUAUUAGCCAGGAACCAUCCCAGAUUGAAUGUACGAUGCUUAGUUUGCUAUAUGAUACGCAAUAAGGCAUACGCAUAGCCACAGAUGAGGUUUGUUUGCAAUUAACCUCCCGUUUGCUCGUAGCUUGGAGCGAAUCAUUAAUUCGGUCUGUGAGGCAAUUGCAAGCUAGCAAGUCAAGGUAGCUACCUCGAACAGGAAUUAAAAUGAGACUUUAGGAGUGAAAAUGGACAAAAUUAUUAAAGAUGUUGGUGAUAUCCAGUCUCGGCUCCUCGACCACAGGCCCAUUAUCAAUGCGGAGAUCCGCUACUUUAUGAGAGAAUUCGAGGAGAAAAGGGCUCACAGAGAGAGCCGACUACUGGAGAGCCUGAGUAAAGUGGUGCAAGAAGCAAAUGAGGAAGUGCUUCCCUCAGACUUGGAGGGUGUCAAGCGGCAGCUCUCCAAUGUCAUUGCUCGAUUGAAGGCUGCUAAUCACAUGGCAGAAAGAGUCCAGCAGAGGGAGCUAGAAACACAGCAGAGCGGCCAGCUGCAGGAAAAUAUGGAGCGUCUGAAAGACGAGUGGGCAGACUUCCUGAAGGAGCAGCAGCGACUGAAGGAAGAGGUGGGCGAAGAGCACGCCACGGCUGUCGGACAAAUCAGCACUUGCUACAGUGAGAAGAAGAAGGACCUGGAUAAGUUGCUGUCUGAUGUUUAAGUCAUUGCGUGCCUGUCUGCGGCGUGCGAGCGUGCGUCUGCUUAGGAAAGCUAAGGCGAGAGAAUUCAAAAUUGUCCUGUAAAAGUGCAUCCCAAAUGACUGCACGGAAUAAGCCCAAGGAAAAAGUUUGCAGUACGUCAUUUUCAAAUGCGAGUCGAAGAAAAAGGAGAAAA